AUGUGUAUAUGGUAUAAUAAAUAUUUAGAAGUCUAUACUCAAUCUCCUCAUAUUCAUCAACAUCCUUCACAUGGUCGUUUUCAAUAUCAGCAUGAAAUUCAAUUGUUUUCUCCUCAACACUCGUCAACAAGUGAUGUAGAUGAAACAUCACCACCACCAUCUUCAUCAUCAUCACUCAAUAGAGUAAAUGAUACAAUAAGUAAUAAACUAAUUAAGAAAAAGAAACAAACAAAAAAGAAACGUAAAGAUCCAAAUGAACCUCAAAAAGAAAUCUCAAAAGUUGUUGCACAUAUGUGGGAAAAUAUUGAGCCAGAAAUUAAAGAACAAUAUAAAUCUAAAGCAGCUGCAGCUAAAAAAGAAUAUUUAAAACAAUUAGCUGCAUAUCGUGCUGUUCAAAUUUCAAAUCAAACACCAAAUAUGCAUCAUCUUCUUAAUCAAACAUCUUUAUCAUUUGAUUCACAUGGAAUUCAACAUCAACAAAAACCAUAUCAUACAGCAUCAAUGAUAAAUAAUAAUCAUCAUUCAUUUCAAUCAUUUUGUCCAUCAUCAUCUAUUCAACAUCAAAAACAACAAUACAACCAUUUUCAUUAUAUGAAUUCUUAUACUCAAGAUACUUCAAAUGCAUAUCAUUCGGAUUAUCAAAUAUGCAAUUUUUCUAAUCCUAGUCAUCAAAAUUAUUCUUCAUAUGAUUCAAAUAAUAAUUAUUCUGAUUAUCAACAAUAUGGUUUACUUCAACCAGUUAUUGAAUCUGAACAUUAUUCACCUUAUUAUUCUCGAUCAUCAAUUAAUAAUGAACAUAUAAAAACAAAUGAAAAUUUAAUACAUAAUUUAAACAAUAAUAAUAAUAUAUCACAGUAUACAGAUCUUACUCCUAUAACAAAUGGACAUCUUGAAAAACCUUAUGAUUAUAUGAAUAAUGUUCAUCAUGGAUUGAAUGAUAAAAAACAAGAUGGUCAUUCAUCAUUAUUACCAAUUAGUAAUGAAAAUAAUUUUCAUUGGCAACAAACAACAUGUUUAACCACACAGUGGUGA